AUGUUUUUGUUUGACUUUAUGUUAAAAUUUAUGAUUACAAUUAUUGUGAAUAUCGUUCGUUGUAUAAAGUUCCAGGAAAUUAACACUGGUAUGUUUAUUGCACUUGAUAACAGUAAAGAACCUAAACUUAUUCUUAAAAAUAAACUAAAUGAGGGGGCAAAUUUCAUUAUUAAAAGCGGGUUGGAAAACAAUAGUGAAUAUGUCAAUCUCACAUUUGGUAAAAAUACAACUACUUAUAAAAAUUCUGAUGGAACUUUUGUUAAAAAUUCUGAAAAAAAUUCAAGAAAUCAGUAUUUUCAAAUUGAAAUUCUUAAAGACAACAUUGUUAAAAUUAGAUAUUUAAAUUAUUGUUUUGGUGUUAAAAAGGAAGAUUCUAAUAUUCUUACUAGGGUUGAAUGUAAUGAAAAACAGGCUAAGGUUUUUAGGAUGUUAGAUCAGCAGGGUAAGCCAUUACAAUUAACUCAAAGUAGUAAAGUGAUAGUCGGAAAUUCUUCUAAUAAAACCGUCUUUGUAAAAAAUUCUGGAAAUACUUUAGAAGAUGACUAUUUCCAUUUACAGUAA